GACAUAAAUGAUAACUCUCACCACCUAACAGCAUCCCACCUGAAAAGGAAACGGCAUUGUGAUUAAAACUGCUGAAAACUGAAUGUAGUUUGGGCUGGUUUCUGUUCUCAGGAGGUUCAGCUGAGGGGAUGAAGGGAAGAAAAAGAAGCCAGCCCAGCAAGAAUGAAAGUUGGCCGUGCCCAGGUACCGCCACUUCAGUAGUUUUCCAGCACUCUGUACAAAACUCAGUUCAAUGUUUUUUCUCUGCUUAUGAUGGUGGAACAGGUUUUUUCAUGGUUUUGAAAAAAAAAUCCAAACUUAUAAACAAAGACAGCGCGAUGAAGCAGAAAUCUCUACCUGGGCACACCCUUUCAUUGGGGAGGGUAAAUAAACGGCUUUUUUGUGUGUAUUUCCAGCUCUCAUCCUUCACGUUGAAGCUCCACCCAUUGUAUCAAUCACCCCCAAAAGCAUCAGCAGAGCUCUUGGCACACGUAUAAAACCAGGACAGGUCAGGACACCUCUCACAAUGUGCUGUACAUCGACAGACGCUUGAUUUUAUUGAAGCAGAGGAGUGCUAACGGUUGUCAGAAACCACAAUGUCGGCUAAAAACUUCCAGGGACUGAAGACACAGGCUGAAGGUGCAGCAAAAGAUGCUGCAAAUGCAUUCGGACAGGCUACCCAGGAUGCAGUCAACCAGUUUACAGAGGCGAGCCAGAAAGCUAUUGACAAGGCUUCCAAGACAGUGCAAGAUGGGGUAGAAAAAGCAACCGGACAAGCUGCAGAAGCAGUGUCUGGCCUCGGGAAAAAAUGUGGAUUUAAGAAAUAAUGCUAAUUUAAGCUAACGGUAUUGCAUGUGAAAAUCUCUCUUUGGUCUGCGAUUCCCUAGUCCUUUGUGUAGAAAUAUGAAAGCUGUUUGAGAUCUGGGUGACUUCUCUCUCUCCAAAUACAUACUUCUAAGGCAAAAAGCCCCCCUCCUCUUUCACGUAGGAAAAAAAUACGUCUUUUAUCACAUCUUGUAACAUCUGUUGGCCAUCUUUAACAUGGCUCAUAAGGCUCCAGCAAUGCGAUUGCCCUGCUCUUACAACAGCCCAAUGACUAUUGCCACAUUUGCUGAGUGUAUUUACAAAAUCAGCGAAACCUUUCAUGCUCUGGGAAACCAGAACAUUUGUGUGAUGAAGCUGAAUUUCCUUCCAGUAAUCAAAAAUGAAGCUGAGGUUAUAGUUCAUGUCAGUUUUUUGUUUGUUCCCUUUUGCUGUGUUUUCAGAUUAAGAUAAAUAAAAGGUAUUAUAAGAUUUACACCACCCAGAAACGUAUCACUGUGUUAUGUAUUCUUGUUGUUUUAUUGGGCUUUCAGUGAAGGAUCACACAAUGUUUUGCAAAUAUCUAGUUUUUUGAUUCAAAGUUCAUCAGUGCCCAUCCUGGAAGGGAGAUAAAUACUGAAUCAUUUCACGGUUGGCAGAUGGACAUGGAAACCAACAGCCCCGCACUGCAGAGGAGCCCCGUGGUGUCUGUGAGUGAGUGGGACCUAUGAUGUCCUCCCCUUUUCCUUUCUCUCCUGUGCCUGUUGCCGGUCUAGAUUUAGAAUCAUAGAGUCAUAGAAUGGUUUGGCUUGGAAGGGACCUUAAAAAUCAUCCAGUUCCAACCCCCCCUGCCAUGGGCAGGGGCACCUUCCACUGGGUCAAAUUGCCCCAUGCAACCUGGCUUUGAACACCUCCAGGGGUGGGGCAUCCAUGAUUUCCCUGGGCAACCUGUGCCAGCGCCUCACCACCCUCAUGGUGAAGAAAUUCUUGAAUAUGUCAAGCCUAAAUCUGCCUCUUUCCAGUUUAUACCCAUUCCCCCUCAUCCCAUCCCCACAAGCCUUUGUAAACAGCCCCUCCCCAGCUUUCCUGUAGCCCCUUCAGGUACUGGAAGGUCGCUAUAAGAUCUCCUCAGAGCCUUCUCUUCUCCAGGCUGAACAAGCCCAACUCUCUCAGCCCGUUCCUGUAUGGGAGGUGCUCCAGCCCUCUGAUCAUCUUUGUAGCCUCCUCUGGACCCAUUCCAACACCUCCAUAUCCUUCUUAUGCUGAGGAUUCCAGAACUGGAUGCAGAACUCACAAGAGCAGAAUAGAUGAAGAGAAUCACUUCCCUCGACCUGCCAGACACGGUUCUUUUGAUGCAGCCCAGGAUAAGGUCGGCCUUCUGGGUUGUGAGCGCACAUUGCUGGCUCGUGCCUGAGCUGCAGCCUCUGCGCGGUGCUUCCAGGCAGCCCCAACAUGCUGCACGGCAGCUACCAGCUCUCAGAGGCAGUAGUGCUCAGGGAUGUAGCCAGUGUGAGAGAUGGAAGUGGUUAUCUUCAUGCUUAGGAGAUGGAAAUAUUUAUUUUAGAUUACUGUUUGCUGGGCAAUCAGAGGCUGCUGCAGCGAGGCAGGUUGUCCACUUAGUGUUGCCUCUGUCAACAGAAGGCACUAACACCCACUUACUCACAGUAAGUGCUCUUCCCUCAGCCUUUGGGUUUCCUACUGCUAGGCAAUAUUUCCCUCUUUUAUUUAUGUUCUUUUCUCCUGUUUUGAAGCUUUACUCAUCUGAUUUCAGUAAUAAGCUAAUCUAGGCCUUACAAAACAAAAACCAAAGAAUAACCAAAAGCAUCUGGAUUAUUGAACUAGAGCGCUCCAGGAGAGCUUGAGAUACCGCUGCCUCGCACCUGCUGGCCAAGAGCUGUGGUUGACCAUGGUUUGUGGAAGCUGUGUGUGCAUCGAUCUUUGUGAAUGCAGUCCUAGGAUAAGCUGACUCUCUGCUGAACCCAGAGACCUGCAGAAGGAAUGGACGGACUGAAAAGGCUUUAGAGGACCCUAUAAGCAAUAGACUAUCUGUGAGUAAACAUAGUCCAGGGCUCUGCACGGCUUCCCAAUGUAAUGUCCACUGUUGUCUAAAGCUUUAAAAGCCCAAAUAUUUACUCAAGUACAAGCUCACAGAAAAAGCAUUAGACUAUUGCCCUCUCAGUUACUGGGCAACCUUCAAGAGUACUUAAUUAUUUUGUACUUUCCAUGGUUACCUCCCCGAUGGUGAAAUCUUCAGGGAAUGAGU